ACAAGUGGCUGUGAUCUCUUAUUUAUCUUGAAUUGUGUUUCUUUCUCUUCAGGUGUCUGUUGGGCCAAUUCUGUAGAGAGGAAAAUCUAUAUCCCCUUAAACAGAACUGCCCCAUGUGUUCGUCUUUUGAAUGCCACUCAUCAAGUAGGCUGUCAAUCCUCCAUGAAUGGGGACACUGGAGUAAUCCAUGUGGUGGAGAAGGACCAAGACCUGAACUGGGUGCUUGCAGAUGGACCUCAUCCCCCGUACAUGGUAUUGCUAGAGGGGGAGCUGUUCACCAGGGAGCUGAUGCUGCGGCUGAAGGGAACAUCGCGAGUUUCUGGGCUGGCUGUGGCCAUCUCCAAACCCAGCCCCCCACGAGGAUUCUCCCCUGGCUUACAAUGCCCAAACGAUGGAUUUGGUGUCUAUGACAGUGAUUACGGCCCUCAGUACGCUCACUGCAACUGGACUGUGUGGAACCCUCUCGGGAAUGGGCUUUCUUACGAGGAUUUCCAUUUCCCCAUCUUUCUGCUUGAAGAUGCCAAUGAGACUCAAGUUAUUAAGCAGUGCUACCAAGACCAUAAUCUCCCUCGGAACGGCUCGGGCCCGGAGUACCCUUUGUGUGCCAUGCAGCUGUUUGCCCACAUGCACGCCGUCACCAACACGGUGACCUGUAUGAGACGCAAUUCCAUCCAGAGCACCUUCAGCCUCAGCCCAGAAGUUGUCUGCGACCCCCUGUCUGAUUCUAAUGUGUGGAGCACCCUGAAACCCAUCAACGCCUCCAGGAAAAUGGACCCUGCGGAUGAAGUCGUCAUUGUUGCUACUCGAAUCGACAGCCAUUCUUUCUUCUGGAACGUAGCCCCCGGGGCGGAGAGUGCCGUCUCCUCUUUCGUGGCCCACUUGGCGGCUGCCGAAGCUCUCCAUAAAGUGCCAGAUGCUCUGACGCUGCCCAGGAACAUCAUGUUUACCUUCUUCCAAGGGGAGACCUUUGAUUACAUCGGCAGCUCCCGCAUGGUCUACGACAUGGAAAGAAACAAGUUUCCCGUCCGCCUGGAGAACAUUCACUCCUUCCUGGAGCUGAGUCAGGUGGCGCUGCGGAACUCCUCUGCCCUGUGGGUGCACACGGACCCCGUCUCUGGAAGGAACGAGUCUGUUCGGCCGCAGGUCAGAGCCCUGGUGGAAACGCUGCUCAACAGCAGCCUGGGUGUGAACGUGACGCUGCAGGAGGUGUCACAGUCGCAGCCCCUCCCGCCUUCUUCCUUCCAGCGCUUUCUGAGGGCCAGGCCCAUCCCUGGGGCGGUGCUGGCUGAUCAUCGCGCUGCCUUCCAGAACCGAUAUUACCAGAGUGUGUACGACACAGCGGAGAACAUCCUGAUGCGGUAUCCCGAGGGGCUUAGCCCCGAGGAGACUCUGGACUACGUCACGGACACAGCUCAGUCCCUGGCAGAAGUAGCCACAGUGGUCGCCCGUGCCCUGUACCAGCUUGCGGGGGGAACCGGCAACACUUCUGCUAUUCAGGCGGAUCCAAGAACGGUCUCCCGAAUGCUCUAUGGAUUUCUGAUCAAAACCAACAACUCCUGGUUCCAGUCCAUCAUUAAACAAGACCUGAAAGGACUCCUGGGUGAUGAGCCCCCCCAGCACUACAUUGCGGUUUCCUACCCGGUGAACACCACCCAGCUAGUGCAGUUCGUUCUGGCCAACCUCACGGGCACGGUGGUCAAUUUCACCAAGGAGGAAUGCCUGAACCCCGAAAGAGCGCCCGGCGCCGACAAGGAAAUGUACGAUUACACCUGGGUGCAGGGCUCCAGGGAGCCAAACUCAACGUCGCGAGUGCCCUUCUGCGUCCAGUCAACUGUCCACCUGACCAAGGCCCUCUCUCCUGCCUUCGAGCUGAAGGAGUGGGGCUCCACAGAGUACUCCACGUGGACAGAGAGCCGCUGGAAGGACAUCCGCGCCCGCAUAUUUCUCGUGGCCAGCAAGGAGUUGGAGAUCAUCACGUUGGUCGUGGGCAUCGCCAUCUUGGUCCUCUCGCUCCUCGCAACCUACUUCAUCAAUGCCAAAGCGCACGUGCUGUUCAGCAGCCCUGGGGACGUGGCUUACUGAGCGCGUCCGGCGGGCUCACGAGCCCCCGCUUGGAUUACAGCUCCUCUGACUCACGCUGCACGGCAGAUGCUGGAACGUGCCUCUGCCGUGAUGGGGAUCGCGCUGUGAUUUCCAAGGGUGAGCCCGAGAGCCAGGCCUGAAACAGAAGACGCUCCCCCAGAAACCUGUGUUGACCAAGUCCUCAAGAAAUCAUGUUGCUUAGACGUUUACCAGGCCUCUGAGGCUUUGUCCUUCCGUUUGGACAGGUCAGUACUGGGUACUGCCAUGGCUGCUUCCCGAGAGAAGGCCUCUCCGGACAUACUUGGACUGCAGAUUUCUUUGCUCUCUCAGAAUCCCGGUUGUCCCGCACUUAACUGGACUGGCUGAGGAAUUGUCUGACAGCUGCUGUGAAUUGGUGCAAACUACAGUAUGGGCAAGGGAAGGGGAAGUGAACAAAUAAUUAGAUGUAAAAGCUCCUUUUUUAAUGGUGCAAUAUUGGGGGGAGGGUGGGGUUGUACAUAUAUAAAUAGCUUGGUUUAAUUAAAACCCCCACUACAUGCU